CUGAGUCAGAAGAACUGCUUAGUGAAGAAUCUGAAGAGGUUUCAGAAGCAGUUAGAAAGAGAAGCAGGAAAGCUUGAGGCAACAAAAUGUGCCUUUAUUCCGAAGACCUUCAAAAUGCCUUCAGAGUACUAUUUGGUUUUGGAAGAAUUUCGCAAGCAUCCUGGCACCGCUUGGAUUCUGAAACCGGUAAGUAUGUCACAAGGUGAAGGAAUGUUCCUGUUCUGAAAACUGAAGGCUAUCGGCAACAACAAGGUUUCUUACCGUGGCUUUUCCCAAAUGGUCAGAUGCUUUAUCUGGGAUCUGACUUCUUACGCUUUGUGUGCAUGUUUAUAUAUAAACUUCUGGUCUUGGGUAGCUCUAACACUAGGCAGCAAUAUCAGCAACUGGGUUAUAUUAUACAUUUCUCCGCACUUCAUAGGUUGAAAGUUUGACUUGAGAGUUUAUGUUCUAGUGCCAUCUUACAUCCCACUGAAGGCCUGGUUAUACAGAGGUGGAUUUGCUUGCUUUUCUGAUACACGAUUUACUCUGAAUAGCAGAGAUGAUCGCUAUCUUUGUCUCACAAAUGUGGCAGUGCAAAAGACCGCACCUGAUGAUGAUCCCGGGAAGGGCUGUAAGUGGGUGAGUCAGCAGCUCGGACAGCACACGACCGCCACGCAUCAGGCAGGGUCGGUGGAAGUUCUCUUUGUGGUUACGGACAACGCUUUCAUCACAGCCUCGAGUGUUCAGAAGGUGAUUAUCAGUGACAAAUGCUGCUUUGAGCUCUACAGCUAUGACAUCCUGAUCUGUCAGGAUCUGAAACUCUGGCUUCUGGAGGUGAAUGCUUCACCUUCCCUCACUGCCAGGAGCCAGAAAGACUGUGAACUCAAGUGUCAUCUACUCAAAGACACACUUCAUACUGUGGACAGGGAAGGCAGGCAGGCAAAGCUGACAGGGAAGGAGAAGUGUGUCGGAGGCUUUGACCUGCUACGGACCGAUGGCCCUGUCAGCAGAGGGGGAGACCUGGGUAGUCCGGCGAAUGAGAACAUCACGGCAAACACACAUUUAGGCUGCCAUGAUGACAGGAAGAAACAACUGAAGCAGCUUUUCAGGAAUUUUCCUGCACAGCAGAAAGCGUAA